CCACUGUCACCACUGUCAAACGUCCGGCUCCACCAGCCCGCCGUCGUUGACAAUGUCCGCCUCAAUCACCUCAUUGUUGCCGUGCUCGUCCGCCACGUUGACAAUGUCCGCCUCAAUCACCUCAUUGUUGCCGUGCUCGUCCGCCACCACAUCGGUGUGGUCGGUGGCUGCGAUGCCUUCAAGCCCUCCCCAGCUCAUGGUCCUCCCGCGCCAUCCUCUCCUGCUCCACCAGCUCCUCCACAGUCAGCCGAUCUCUCUCGUCUGGGGCCAUCCCUCCCUUGAUGAGCCGCGAGGCCAUCUCAAGGUCUCGCACGGCCUCCUGCCGCUCCUCCACCCGUAUGGCCUCGUCCCUGCUCCGGUCCUCGUCCCAGCUGCCCUGGAUGAUCUCUGCGGCGGCCUUCUCGACUAUUUGCACCAGCCAGCGGUGUCGGUCCUCGGCCCGCUGCAGCGUGACCAGCUGGCUGGCGGUCUCGGCAAGGGAUGCCAGCUCGGUGGGCGUGGCUGUGGGGCUGGCUGCCGUCUCGACGGCCUUGCGCAACGCCGCUGUCUCCUCCUCCAUGGGGGCCGCGAAGUACUGCUCGAAGGCGGGAGUGAUGCUCUUGCCCUUGAAAUAGAAGACGGUGAAGAACUGCUGGUGGGCUGGGCUGUCGGGGGCGAAGAACUUUCCCCUAUGGUUGAGGACCUUGUCCAUGUGGGGGGACAGCAGCAGGUGGACCAGGAGCGAGCACAGGCCGUAUGUGUCGGCGGCCCGACUGAAGGGGCCGUGCUCGGGAGGAGCGGCGCCACUGCAGAGGUGCCCCACUGUGCGGCGGAGGCUGGUGAGGGACUUGAGGUUGCUGGCGGGGUCCGUGUGCGGGGGGUUGAUGGGCGACAGGUCAACGUCCUUGGCGUGUGUGGGUGGGGGCUCGAGGGGUGACUCGGCCGCGGCGAUGGCCUGGGACAUCUCCAGGUCCACCCACCGGUCGGCCAGAUGCCCGCCCAUCACCCCAUCGCUGGAUGGUCGCCACUCCACCAGAAUGUUGGUGCCGCUGGCGUCGCCGUGGAUCACCCCAGAGGCGAAGAUGUCCGCCAGGGAGGCCAGUGCGGACAGGGCGAGGGCUCGGUAGUGGGGGGAACUCACGGCGAGCUGCUCGAGGGUGGUGGUCAGCCUGUCGGUCUUGUUGAGCAGGUCCAUGUCUGGCAGCAGGUCGGCCCUGGUGGAGAUGAGGUCGGCGAGCGACACGGCGUCCGACCAUACAGGGUCCUGCAAUGCCGCAUCGAUGGCCGCCUGCUGCUCCGCGUUCCUCCUGGCCUCCUCCGCCUGAGCAGCCAGUGCCGGCCCCCUCUCCGCAUAGAAAGCGGCCAGCGUGGCGGGGCUGACGGCGUCUUCGAGGCGGACGCCCGUGAACUCCUCCGACUGCAUCUCCCUGUCGAACUCCUCCCUGGCGGCGUCGAUGGCGGGCGAUGCGCGGGAGUCCAGUUGCUGGCGCAGCUGCUCGGCCACUGGUGGUGGGAGGAAACCUGCAAAAAGAUGUAUACCGAAAUGUAGGAAGCGGUCAGUGCCCCGCCCUCGUGUUGUGUGGGUAGGCUUACUGAUGUAGUCGGAGAGGUAGAAGAAGCCCCUCACGCCUACAACAGUGUCCCGAAAUGGCCUCUGCUGCCGCACGAACUGCACUGGGUAGACGCCCGGCGCUGCCUCGCCUCGCCCUUGUGGCCAGGGGAAGACAUGGCCGGCCGGCACGUGCCCAUAGGCCGCCAGUCGUGGGACGAUGCUGCCUCUUCUCGCCGCCAGUCGACUUAUCACCGCCACCUCGUGCCUCAGCUUGUUGCCCAGCUGCACCACAUGAGCGCCGCUGAGCUCAGCGGCUGGGGGCUCCCCCAUGCCCUGUGGCAGGGCGCACUUGAGGACGAGGCGGCGGCCGGCUGACUGGCCCUCGACGACAGCGAAGGCCGUGUUACUCUGCAGCAGGUGCUGGCCGGCUGCUCGGAAACUAGACAAGAGAUCCAGCGACUCGGGCGUGAUGGUGGGCGGGCCAUCCGUGUCCGUUGGUGGGGCAGGGGCGAGCCUCGCUUGUGGCAGCAGCGGCGACGACGCAUCUGACCCCCCCUCGUCCUCCGUGUCGCCCUCUGCCGGCAGGCCUGCGAUGGGCUGUUGCCGCUGGUGGCAGUCCUCCUCCUCUAUCAACACCUCUCUCUCCUCUCUCCUCCCCUCCCCACAGCUCCCCUCUCCCUCCGUGGCUGGUGCUGGCGAUGGCGGUGACGGUGCGGGCGGGGCUUGGGGUGGGGCUUGGGGUCUGGCGCGGCUGUCCUCCUCGUCUAUCAACACCUCCUCCUCCUCAUCCUCCUCCUCCCUCCUCUCCCUCUCGCCUCCCUCCUGCUGCCGCUGGUGGCUGGUGGCUGGCAGACUGCGGCUGUCCUCCUCCUCGCCCAUCAUCACCUCCUCCUCCUCCUUGUCCCUCCUCAUCUCCCUCUCCCUUCCCUCUCCCUCCCUGGCAGGGGCAGCAGCCGGCGGGAUGACCAUCCUGGACCUCGCGAUGGGCGGGCGGAUGGCUGCAGCGUGGCGCUGCGUGCGGCCAGUGCGCAUGAGCCGAUGUGGGGCGCCAUACAGGCGGAUGGCGGAACAAAGCCCCAGCCAGGAGCAUGCGCGGCCGGAACACCCGAUGCAGCGAUGGGAGGCGGCUGGUAGAGGUGCUGCUGCAUCGUGUUGGGCGGGGCCGGCAUGGCAGGUGGCGCAUGCGCGCCGAUGGGCGCCGCGGUCGCACCAUACGAGUCCUGCCGAGCCCG